AUGUCUGGGCCCAACGCCGCCGCGGGGCCGACCCCGUUCCUGGCCUUCGAGCCUGAGUUCAAGCAGUACAAGCGCGCCUCGCGCCAGCGCCUCGCCAUGGUCGCGCAGCUCCGCGCGCCGGUGCUGGGGGACGACGACGCCAAGCGCGCCCCAGUGUCGCUCUCCUGCGUCCUCGACAAGUCCGGGUCGAUGGCUGGGAGCAAGCUCCAGCUCGUGAAGCGCACCUGCGAGUUCAUGACGACCCAGCUGGGCAACACGGACAAGCUCGGCGUCGUCCAGUACGACUCCACUGUUCAAGAGCUCCUGCCGCUCUCCAAGACAUGCGACCAGUUCAAGGACGCGGCGAACGACGCCAUCAAGCGGAUGCGCGAUGGCAGCUGCACCAACCUCUCGGGGGGCCUCUUCAAGGGCGUCCAGCAGCAGCUCGCGAACCGCUACCUCGACUGGUUCGGCGCCGUCCCGGACGACGCCCGCCGGACCGCCCCCGCGCCCCCCGCGGGCGCGUCCGACUCGCACACUGAGUCGGACGACUCCGGGGUGCUCUCCCAGGAGGCCAUCGACCAGCUGCUCGCCGGCGCCGCCGCCCCGGACGCCACGGAGUGCGUGCAGUGCGCGGACGAGGAGGCCGUCAGCGAGGACGAGGACGAGGGGGAGGAGCUGCAGCAGACGGUGCAGGUGCAGCAGCAGCAGAUCAACAUCAACAUCAACGCGCCGCCGCCGAUGCCGCCGGCGCCGCAGCCGGCGCCGCAGCCGCGCGGGUUCUUCGGGCGCGUGUUCGGCGGGCAGCGCGCGGCUCCGCGGCCCGUGCGGCCGCAGAAGCGGAUGCCGGUGGUGGGCAGCGCUCCGCGGCUGCCUGCGUCGCUCAAGGCGCUCCCGCGGCCGCCGGAGCAGCCGGUCGAGGACGACGCGGUGCGGUCGGUCUUCCUCUUCACGGACGGCCUGGCCAACGAGGGCAUCUGCGACCCGGCGCGCCUCGAGGAGACGUUGCGCCGCAUGCUCGACGCCACGCCGCGCGUGCGCGUCUACACGUUCGGCUUCGGCGCGGACCACGACCCGCGGAUGCUCAAGGCGCUCGCGGACGUCGGGCAGGGGGUGUAUUACUACAUCGAGGACGAGGAGAAGAUCCCGCAGGCCUUUGCCAACGCCCUCGGGGGACUCCUCUCCGUCGCCGUACAGAACCUCGAGCUCACCUUCACGCCCGCGAAGGACGUGGGCGUCGCGGCGGUCCACACGGGCUUCCAGACCGUCCCCGCGGCCGACCGCGGCACGACCAUCCAGAUCGGCGACAUGUUCUCGGAGGAGUCGAAGGACAUCGUCAUCGAGCUCGACCUCCCGGAGAUGCGCGGGGCGGCCGCGGACGUGGUCGUCGGGACGCUGCGCGCGACGUACCUGGACGUGUCGACGGGGUCGCUCGUCGACAGGACGGUCCCGUGCACGGUGGACCGCCCGGACGAGGUGAACGCGGACGCGGUGCGCAAUCCGGCGGUGGCGGCGCACUUCACGCGGGUGCGCGCGGCGCGCGCAAUGGAGGAGGCGACGGUCGUGGCGGACCGCGGGGACAUCACGGCGGCGCGCGCGAUGCUCCAGGACGCGCUGGCGAAGAUGGAGGUGGAGGAGGCGGAAGAGGCGGCGGCGGAGGAGGCGUGCCCGCCGCCGCCGGGUGCGCCGCCGUCGAAGACGCGGAUGAUGCGGCGGCGCGCGCAGAAGGACAUGCAGUCCGCGCUCGGCGGGCUCGUCGACCACGCGACGUACGCGAGCAAGGGCGGCAAGGUGAUGCGGUCGGCGGCGGCGCAGCAGAUGCAGCAGCGGGCCUACAUGCUGGACGACGACGACCUGCGCGAGGAGUGCGCGACGGACUGCGACGAGGAGGGCGAGGGCUUCGGCGCGCCGGGCGGCGGCGGCGCCGGGGCCCCGUGCAGCAUGCCGGCGCCGCGCAUGGUGACGGGCGCGCAGGUGGCGAUGCGGAAGAAGGCGAAGGCGUUCUUCUCGAAGUGA